AUGUCUGAACUAACGUCUAUAAUAAUGAUCUGUUGUUUUGAAUUAAUUUUCACUGGAAAAUUUGUACCUUAUAUCUGGCGUAUAUUUUUUGAUAAUCAACUAUCAAUUGUAUUGACAAAACUUGAAACAAUUCACGAAAACUUGAUACGCCUGAAUGUGAUUGGACCGAUAAGAAUAAAAUUAAUAAAUUGGAUUACCGUUAUUGGAAUUAUUGUAAAUGUCAUGGGAGUUAUAGUUCAAAUCGUAUGGAUAUAUAAUCUUUCAAAAUAUAUUCCAUUAGAAACACUGUAUCGUUUCAGACAUCGCAUUCGUUUGACAUCGCUUGAUUCGCAGUUCACCAGUUCGACAUUUCGCUGUUCGCCAGUUCAUUGUCUACCAAAUGAUGAAAUAAAUUCAUUAAGAACAGAAGAAGAUGUAGAAGAAUUAUUAAAGCAAAUGCAAGAAACUGGAUUACACGAUUCAAAACAAAAUAUUGAAGAAGUUAUUUCACCGAUUUCAGAACAGCAAGAAAAUAUGAUGGAUACAGAUACAAACCUAAGAAAAUGUGAAAGAUGUUUUAUUUUCCUGGAAGCAGACAAUGAAAGUACAAAUUGCAUGAAUUGCCAACGUCAUGAGCAAAUACAGAAUGAACGACAUAAAUCAAGUGAAUGCUUAAAGAAACAAGCCAAAAAAAUGAUGACUAUUUCAAAUAAGAAAUUUACUCCGCUAGAAGUUGGUACCACAGUUAAAGUUUCAAUACCCGAUGUUGAUCGAGCACGUGGAUCGCCACGAAACCUAUUAGCAGUUAUUACCCAGGUUGAAGAUGAUUUAUAUAAAUUAGGUACAGAGAACGGCAUUAUUAAACAUUUGUAUACUCGAUCGCAGAUCGAUCCCUGCAAAGAAUGUUUCGUUGAUUUGGUAUCUGUAAAUACCGAAAAAGAAAUUACAUUGAGAGAAGCUGCAGGAUUUAGUAGUGUCACUGGAUCGCAAGCGGGAAUAUUAUGUAAUUCAAAAUGUCACAACAGCAUGCCUUGUGAAAAUAAAUAA